AUGGAGUGUUUUGUGGAAGAAAUUAUGAAGAUGGGUUGUAAAACUCGAAAAGAAGCGGCAAUUACUUCUCAUGUUUUCUUAGAAUUAUGUGAAGUUAAAAAAUAUUGGGAUGUCGAGUACCAUUUCAACGAAAUUCUUUCUUCCAUGUACAUAACAGCAAAGAAAACUAAAUCAUCCAAAACAUUAACAUUUAUUCCAAUUUCCUCAUUCGAUGGUAUAUCAAUCGAAGAAAUGAAAAAAUAUCUUAUUUUAGACCAAGAACAUAAAAGUGUUCAUCUUGCCAUUGUCGAUUCAGAUUUAACAUCUGUUUAUUAUCAAAUAACCGAUGGUAUAGGAGAUCCUACACCGGAAUCUCAAGAGGAAAGUAUUAAAGAUCGUAGAAUGAAGUUGGAUGGUGAUCUUCGUAGUAAUAAGAAAAUCUUGGAAGAAGCUGCGAUGUAUGGCAUACCAAUAACGAUAAAUAAAAAAUAA